GAAAUUAUUCGAUAAAAUAUUAAAUAAAAAAUACAGUUUUCAAUAUCACUUCUCACAAAACACUGACGAAAAGCAAUGACUUCUCAUACAGGAUGUUUCGUGAUCAUUGUUUUAGUCGCUACUGCAGUUGUUCAAUGUAAAAUAGACUGCUGGACAUCUUUCAAUGCGAAGGAACACUUCGAGAUUAUGGACACACUAGAUGAUCGUUACGAGAAAGUCAGAACAAAUUUUCAGAAAACCGUAGGGGGUCGAGGGUUUGACAAAGAUAUGCUCGUGGCAAUGUUAAAAAGCCGUGGAAUCGCUGAACGUGCUCUCCACGAGGCGCAAGGACACGAGAGUAUGAUUCCCGCUGGAAUUAACCUUGGUGGAUACUGCAUGAUGAAGAUGCCGAAGUCUGUCCUGUUCUUUCACCGGAUGAAGCUUCGAAACAACACAACGUUUCGUGUGACUGAUAUUAACAAUGACUUUGCGAAUCUAAUAAUGAUAUCAUCUAUCAGUCUUAACGACCUCCAUCUCUUUGGUUCCUAUGACUUGACAAUCGCCACUAAACCUGGAUACCUGGCCUAUGAACCUACAUUCGGGCAAGUAGAGCUUUUAUUAAAAAAUGUGAGAUACAAAAUGGAGGGCCGCUAUCGAUUUUCGAAGAAGAGAUUAAGUAUUGAAUUGGUAAUUUCAGAACUUUUGAUAGACGACAUACUUAUGAUGUAUAAUACUAAAAAUUCAACGUCAUCUUUAAAGCUGCAUCGGAAAAACAUAAAUGUAUUCAUCGAGAGAUUACAAGUAGACUUAGAUAAAUGGCUAAAGGAUUAUUUCAACGACUACCUCAUGUAUAAUGUGAUUGUUAAUGAUGAUGAAUUCUUGAAUUACAAUCGAGAAAAGAUAAUAGCCCUUAACAACUUCACAGAUAGCGCAAUUAACACGGUUAUCAAACGUAUACACAACAUUAAAGCGGAUUCGGUACAACUACCCGCAUUCACUAUAUUCGUCAGCAACGACAAGGAAGUACGAUUGAGGGAUGGAGUAUUACGAGGCUUAGAUAGUAUUUACAGACGGGCGAUAGCUACAGGCACUAAGGAGAAAUAUAUUAGAAAAGUGGAUACUGUAGUCGGCUUCAGUGAUUUGAAGCUAGUAUAUAGAUAUGACGCAAUCCUCAAAUCUGGCUUACCCCCCGUUACUGGUAUACUUAUAUUAAACGCGGAUGAGCUGACAGCACACAUGGGACUUCGAUUGGUCAAGAAAUCAGACACAGCGGACUUGAGUUUUAGAUUCUUGGAACAAGCAAAACCAGAAUCUUUAACAGUGGAGGGUCCAGCAAAUAGAAUGAUAUCGAACUUCAAAUAUUUGCUUGAACGCCAUAUCAUUGCUAUUAUGAGUAACACCUUAAUGCAUAAUAUUAAUAUGCUUGGCACAUUAGACAAAUGCGUUCCAUUACUUCUGCCGUCUGAAGGAUCAAAUGAUCAGAAUCUCUCUGAAGAACAGAACAGAGAAGAUAAUAUGUCAAUUAACACAACCAGUUCUUUUGAAGCAGCUUUGGAUAAAAGUAAUGUAUCACGCAAUGAUUCUCCAGCUAACUUAGAUCAAACAGUUGAAGGGUCAGAUGAAAAUCAACCUUCUAAUAGCAGAGGGGAUAAUAUGAUGCUUAAUAGAACUAGUUCUUUUGAAACAGCUUCGGAAAAAAGUAAUAUCUCACGUGACCAGACUUUGGAAGGUGUUCUCGAUUCAGAUAAUGAAAAUACAUUGAGGAAUUUUAAAUAUUAUCACAGACGUCUUCCAUUAAGAGUAGUCACGUUAAAAAGAAACGUCAACCACUUCAAAAAAUCUGUAAAACAAAAGAUGUAAACAUAAUUAAAGUACAAAAUAAAUCUUUUGUCUAAUAAACGU